UGAAGAAGAAGAGGAAGAGGAAGGAGGAGGAGGCUGGUUAGGCUGGAGAGAAGACACUGAAGAAGAAGGAAGAGGAGGAGGCUGAAGGCAGGAAGAAGAAGGAGGACGAGGAGGCUGAAGGCAAAAAAAAGAAGGAGUAGUCUCGAGGGAGGACACUGAAGAAGAAGAAGAAGGAGGAGGAGGCUGUAGGGAAGACACUGAAGAAGGAGGAGGAGGAGGCUGAACGGAAGACACUGAAGAAGAAGAAGGAGGAGGAGGAGGCUGUAGGGAAGACACUGAAGAAGGAGGAGGAGGCUGGAGGGAAGACACUGAAGAAAAAGAAGAAGGAGGAGGAGGCUGGAGGGAAGACACUGAAAAAGGAGGAGGAGGCUGAAUGGAAAGCAUAGCAGGUCCGGCCUCCCAGCCGUGUCGUGCAGCCGAGGGUGAUGGCGAGGUCGUCCCACCUGAGCCUGUACCUGACGGUGUACCUGUGCCUGUGUCUGCUGGCCAACCUCGCCCUGGUGGUGGUGUUCCUCGGCGGCCAGACCAAGCGGCGGCCACAGCCAGGUGAGGCUCAAGCCUGGACGCCCUCCAGUGGACAGACGCUGGGCUGUGACAACCUGCUGGCCAUCUCUAACCUCACCCUCAUUGGCUCGGGCUGGACCAAGGCUGUGUACAGGGGCUGGUACAGCACUAGCUGGGUGGCAGUGAAGACUGUCCACACCUCUGGCCAUGACAUGACAGAGUGCAAGGCAGCAGAGGUGAGCGUGUGCUACCGGCGAUGUGCAGCCAAGCUGCUGCAGGAGGCACGGAUGCUGCACAAGCUGACCCACCCCAAUGUCAUCAAGGUGUAUGGGGAGUGUGUGCCGGAGGUGGAGUACUCCCCGGGGCCGCCCAGGAGUGGGGUGGUGGCCAUGGUGGUGGAGCUUGGCCGGCCUGUGCGGGUGGUGGAGAUCCUUCAGAUGGGCUACGAGGCAAGGCUACAGCUGGCUGUUGAUGUGGGAAGGAUUCUGCUGCUGCUGGCCCGGUCGCCCGUUGGUCCUGUGCUCAUGAAGGACUUUAGGCGGGAGCAGUUUGUCAUCGUGGACGGGUCACUGAAGCUGUCUGACGUGGACGACGUGGUGGUGGGCGACCCGCAGUGCACCACCGCCAGAGACUGUGUGAUGCAGGACAGCACCAAGGAGACCAUCCUGGCCAGUGUGCCCUGUGACCGAGGUCUGUGUCGAGGCUUCAACAGUCUCCUCAACUCCAUCUACGCCAGCCAGCACUUUAUGCGCAUCCUGAUCCCCUAUGGUGGCCCCCCCGCCCUGGAGCAAACCAGCCUGUACAUAGUGGAGCAGCAGGCUCAGGGCAGGCUGGACUCUGAGCACCUGCACCGAGCCAUCCAGGCGCUAGCACACAACUUCUCCACUGGUGGCUACCUCACCCACGCCGAGAAGCAGCAGAUAAACAAUUUUGUAGUGUUUCAUGACUCCACUGUGGAAAGGGAGGACUUUCCUUGCCUGAGAAUGGAAGGCAUGAGCUGCGUGCAGUCUGUGUCCUCUCCUGCUGAGGCUGCCUCGCUGUGUUCCCAGCUGCCUGCCUGUGUUGCCUUCGUGUUGCUGGAUCAGUGGGCCUGGACAGGCCGCCAGAUGGCAGUGUUCAAGACAGGCGCCAAGACAGUGAGAGAGAAGGAGCGCCACACACUCUACGUCAGGCGAGGCCAAGGCUAAGAGGCACCAGCUGGUUCAUUCUUGGGAACAAGGACAGCUGAUGACAUUCAGUAGCCAGAACUGUGACGGUGAUGUCAACCCCGCUUCUCACCUUACCCUGUCGAAGCACUGCGCUUCUGCAAGCACUGGAGACGAUGGAAUACCGCACGUUAUGUCUUGUGGUUUGCUCCUGACGUUGACUCUCCCCUAUCACUUCACCCCACUCCUCCCCCAUACUCCAUUGUUUUUCUCCUCUACCUUUGCUGCCUGCUUCACCUUACUUCUAAACAUUACUCAUAUCUUUCUAUGGCUUGGGAUUCCCGGCAGUUAUUUAUUCCCCUUUAAUUAAUUUCUUCUUUAAUUUCUGUUAGUACACCAUUGACUGGGUUGUUCAGAGCCCAUUAGAAAUGUUCAGGGUGGGUAGGAAGGGUCUUGGAGCGGUGGCCAACAGAUUAACUACUCUGGCAGAGCUGGUCUAUUAACCCUUUCCUUGCGCGCGGGACAGGACGCGACUAUCCCCUCAGGCGCAGUCGGGCAGCCCAAUUGGGGGUCUCUUUUAACCUCUGUAUCUCAAAAACUUUUCAUCACAGCUAAAAACCAAAAACACCAUUGGAAAGAGGAGGUCCAGAUCUAUAGGAGUCGGUUAUGUAUGCCUCUCUUGCGAACUUACAUGCACGUUCAGGGAGUGUUGAAUGUUAACACUUACGUCGGUGCGUGCGGGAUGAUCAGCCAUAUUGAGGGAACUGCAGACAUCUCUCCUUCAGAUUCUGGCAAGGGAGUAUUGCCAACUGCAAUAUUUACAACUAUUUGGUCAAAGAAUCAGUCAGGUGAUAGGUGUGAAGCUAUGCAAAAAUCCCGCUACAUUGGGCAAGAACAUCCACCAGUUACUCGUCCGUAGAUUUGCCGCACUGGGCUGAUAUGAUUUUCCACCAAAUUUAGUGAAGAACCCACUCAAUUGGCAGUCCUGUGUUGUGAGAAUUUGUGUUGGAACACUUUCAUACGCAGGAGAUUUGAGUGCGGGUGGAGCUCGCAGCGAGCGUUUAGCACCCCCAGCAAAUACACCUAACGCUCGCUGCGAGCGUUUAGCAAUGAAAAGGUUAAAGAGGACUGGCCAAUCUCUGAUGGCUGUAGAAGUAGUAGUAAUGUGGUAGCAACCCACCAGGAGAGUAGUAUCCAUGUGAUAGAACUUGACCUUAAAAAUGUUCAAAAUACAAAUGUAAAACAGCAGCAUGUAAAAGAUAUUAAAAUUGAACCUUAGAACCAACCUUCACUUACUUUGAAAGAGCACACACAUAAAAUAAGGUUAUUAUAACUAGAACAUUUUGUUUAACAUUUAUUUACAAAAGGGAUAUGGUCAUAUGUAUGAACAUGGCUCACUGCAGUGCUUGGGAAGCUGCACAGGUGGGAUGCUUGCUCAGUCACUGGCCGGGUAACACUGAACGGGUGAUGCAGCCAAGGAACAGAACAAGUAACACAUGAUGGGUAAAGGUAGACAAUACAUUUAUGGACAAUAAUAUCCUUCCAUCUUACUCAUUACUCAGCAGUUCCUUUCCAGGCUGCAUGGCACUCUCCUCCCCUCUCACCCUCCCUCCACUCUCCUUCCUUGACAGCCCCCCAUUUGCUACCUCACCCUACUCCCACUUCAUCCCUCUCCCCUGCCAGUUCAUCCCCCCACUCCUCAUCUCCCUUACCCUCCACUCUCCUCCCCCAUUAGAUCAUGCCCCAUUCCCCUCUCCCUUCCUCACUCAACUCUUUUAUUCUCCUCCAUGUGGAAGGGGACUGCUGUGUCACAAGUAUAAGAGUAAAGUGGAUCAACAUUUUUGUCCGCUGCUGCACCACAGGCCAGGAUGCCAAGUGAGGGGACCGGCUGGGUGCAGGACACAGCCCGCCCUCCACGCCAGGCUCACAGGCUUUGGUACAGCUGCCCUCUAGGUCAAAUCAUUGUUACAGUUAAUUUAUGUAUGAGUAACAAUAGAAUAAAGCAAUUUAAAAUACUUGAAAACUAUGGAACACUGAAACUAACCUGAAGCAAUCAUUCAUGUGACAGAACAACACUUGUAAUCAAUGGAAUGGAAAUAAAAACACAAAAUUUAUAUAAGCAAUAAUAACCAAUGUUAAUUGACUGAUUAUUUUUUUUAUAUCCCACAUACAACUAUGACAACUAUGGAAUUUGACAAGUCACUUACUGCUCAUUAUAAAAUCCUUACAAAAGAUACGUACCAAGUUGUACCGCUAGCUUAUCUAUCUCGUUUGAUAUUUACACCAGAAUAAGUAUGUACCAACUUGGAGAGAAUAUAAACUAUGGACUCUUGUAUCCACAACAAUGUCUGCAGGGUCACAUAUACAUCAUAGAACACUAAAAUCAGGCUUGACAAUGCUUUAGAGCUACCAGCUAAAGCUUUGCAAACUUUUCAAAAUAAAAAUAUAUAUAAUUUUAACAAUGAUGCCUCUUGAAUCAUUACCUUUGUUAAAUGCAUCAACACUAAGCCUGAGGUGAAGGCAUGCUGAAGCAUUCUUGUUCCAAGCAGGUCCAGCUGGUAAUUGAUUUAAGGCAUUUACACCAAAUAAAAGGUUUCUGGUAAUAAAUCCUAAAUGCCUGAAUAAGUUACAUUUAAAGCUGGUUAUUUUGAAGAUCACAAUGGAACUUACCUUACAGCAAUCAUAACAGUUAACUGAUAGGGUCAUUAUUAACAUGUUACACCCCACCCCAGUGUCCACCAAAAACAAUGAGGCAGGCAGCUACGUCACACUUCUUAAACCGUCAAUCAAUUACAGAGUGUUGAUAAAAUAAAGUACAUUUGAUUGCAUUCUUCUUCCCAUUUAAACAAAAAUAUUCUGGAUGUCAAAACAGCUUGAAGGAACAAGGUGACACAGCUGUCGUCCUGCGGUGAGCAUCAUCUUGACCGAGACACUGGGGCAGACUAUGGUACAGCUCCUCCGGCACGGGCAGCAGGAAUGCUUUGUCACAAGGCUCAGAUUACUCAAACCUUGAUAUGUACUAACCUCAAGAUGCUGCCUCAUGAAGUGAUGGUCUAGUCCCAUAACAAAAAUAAUCACACACACACACACACACACACACACACACACACACACACAUACAUACACACAUACA